AGACGCAUGAAGGGUCAGAUUAACAAUCCUUUUCAAACGGGAGACGGAGGCAUCAGUACCGCAGGAGAGUUGCUUCUCCUUUUUCUCACUACGUGAAAUGGCUGUUUCCAGCGCGAGCAUCUCUUCUAACUUGACCUCAUCGGCUGGAGAAGGAAACCAAACAAACACCAGUGAUUGCUCCCUUGAAUCUGACAACUGGACCUUCACCUAUGUCCCAGUUUAUGUCAUGGUCAUAUCUGUGCUGGGAAUUGUCUUGAACAUCUUCGUGCUGAUGGUUUUCAUCUGCCACAAGAAGCCUUGCAGCAUACCUGAGAUCUACUUGACCAACUUGGCAGCUGCUGACCUGCUUCUGGUCUCCUUUUUGCCCUUCUGGGCCGUCAGUGCUUGGAAACGGUUUGAAUGGAUUUUUGGUUCUGCCUUGUGCAAAAUGGUCAACGUGGGCAUUCUGAUGAACGUCUACUGCAGCAUCUACUUCCUGGUUUUGGUCAGCAUAGAUCGGUAUUUGGCUGUGGUCCAUCCACUGUCCCAUGAAACAAUACGCCGGCCAAAAUUUGCUAAAAUCAGUUGUCUCCUGGUUUGGAUUCUGGGAUUUGUUCUUAGUGUUCCAAAACUUAUCAACAGGGAAUUGGUACCUCAUGAUGGCAUUAUCAAAUGUGCUGAAAAAUAUGACACUAUUUAUGCCACUUCUGAGUACAUGAUUUUGGUGCUUGCCUUCAUCAUUCCCGUUUCCAUUAUCAUCUUCUGCACAGUCAAGAUUCUCCAAACUCUGAGAAGCAGGUUAAUGGAGGGAGGAAAGACAAAGAAAAAGGAUAAGAGGGCCACCACUUUGGUCCUGGCCGUCCUGCUGGCGUUCCUGAUCUGUUGGCUUCCCUUUCAUCUGCUCCGGAUACCAUCCCGGCUCAAGAGUGCUGGUAUUCUGACAAGCUGUAGCUCUGAGAAAACCAUCUACUUCUGUGAGCAGAUCUUCCUCUACUUGGCGUUCUUCAACAGUGUUCUCAACCCCAUUCUUUACGUCAUUGCUGGAAAUAGUUUCAGGGAAAAAGUCAAGGAGCUCCUAACUCAGUGGGACAGAAAACGUAGUUCGACCAUCAGUCUAACAUCUACAAGAACAACAUUCUUAAGAAGUGUUAAAUCCCAACGAGAUAUUGUCUACUAGGAUUUGAGAUUAAAUGCUUUUUUUAUACCAAAACAUUUAUAACAUUUAUAACAAAGGAGACUCUUGUUUUCCUUGUUUUUGUUUGUCGAGGAAUGCCCACCAUGACGUGGAGGUAUCAGAUGCCUCAAUCAGUUUGAUCUGUGUUGAAGGUAACAGGGUUCAAGUAAAGGCAAGUCACUGAAUGACCCAAUGGUUUUCAUAGCUAGGGCUCAAGUUACUCGUGUUUCUUUACCAACAGAUGCACAGGCGAUGACUGAGACAAUAAGGCCAACAGUUCUGCAGGAAAACUAAAGAAAGGAAAGAGUGAAAAACAAUAUUAUCUCAAUCCAGUUAAAGCUGUAACUCAUUACAGACAGAUGCACAGAUUGAAGAGACAGAAGAUUUUACUUGUUCGUUAUGUAACAGAGAAACCUUGAAAUGUUGUUAAAUGGACUAAAUUUAUAUAGUGUUGUUCUAAUCAUACUGACCAGAGCAGUUUACACUAUAGCCACAUUUACCAAAUCAUAGAUACAUUCAUAUACCAAUAUGUAGAACAGCAGGGAACUUGGGGUUAAAUGCCUUGCCAAGGGGCACAUUGGCAUGUAAAAGAGGGAAGUUAAAAUGAAACACACAACCCUUGGAUUGUAAGACUCACUGAGCCACAGUCGGCCCCAAUGAGGACAUUAUAGAUCUCCAUCAGGAUAAGAGGUCAGUUAAUGGGGUGGGGGUACUCUCCAGUGCUGCUCUUUGCCCGUUCUGUUUAUUUGUUAAUACAUCUUUGCAGGAUGUGGUAUGACUCAUAUUAGAAAAACAUUCAUUCUAACGCACCCAUUUUUUUUUAAUGGAAGUGCUCUCAGAAUAAUUUAAUAAUAACGCUGCUGCAUAAUUAAACAGCAUUACCACAUGUUGUAUAUCACAGAAAUAAUGGACUUAAAUCGUGAUAAUGGAAGCAGAACCAAUGGAGGCAGACUUUGGAUUUCUGUAAUACUGUAAUGUGUAAUUUCUCUUUAUAUGCUAGUCUGUUAUGAAACUUUGUCUCUCGCUUUCAUGUAAUGUAGCUUCUCAAUUAUAAACCUGUUAUCCAAGACUGUUGUUGACUCUAG